AUGGAGAGGACCUCAGGUGUGGACCUGCACAUGGAGACUUCAGAGGGGGGCCUGAAGGAGCUGGUCCUCAGGUGGUUCACAGAGACUCAGGCACCACUUUUUCUCAACAACGGGAACUUCCCGGACUGGUUUCGAGGAUUCGCUACGAGAAAGUAAGACAGAGUUCUUCUUCAGGGUCUGAAAGAGCGAAGGUAGGAGGAUCUGGACCAGCUUUGGUCUCCUGGGUUUAAUCUUUGGUGGAUUUGGUUCUGUCUGAGAGAGCAGAACCGGUAUCUCCACUUUAAGGGGGUUCCUGUGAUUUAAACCUGGUCCAAAAAUCUGGACCGGUCCAGUUGAGCCUGUGGCUGUGAAACUGUCUGUAAUGUAAAACCUGAAUGAAGUUUGGCUGCUAAAGUUCUGGUUCUGGUCACUGACAGGCUCCGAUUGGGCCUACAGAGUGACUCUUUUCUAUCUUAGAGGAAAAUCAUGUUUUUAAAACUCAGACAGCUGUUACAUCUUUAACGCCACAGAGACACCAGAACCGGGUCCAAGUUCUGCUGUGGUCUCCAAGAGUCUGUGGGUCCAAAAAAAAGUCUGAAAUAAAAUCAAGGAAACAUUCAAAACACAAGAGGGCUGGAUCAGGACCGGGCCUUCAAAGGACCAGACUUUAAUGGACCCAGACCGGGCCUCAGAAGGACCCGGUCUUUGAAGGACCCGGUCUUUGAAGGACCCGGCCUCAGAAGGACCCGGUCUCAGAAGGACCCGGCCUCAGAAGGACCUGGUCUUUGAAGGACCCGGCCUCAGAAGGACCCGGUCUUUGAAGGACCCGGUCUUUGAAGGACCCGGCCUCAGAAGGACCCGGUCUUUGAAGGACCCGGCCUCAGAAGGACCCGGCCUCAGAAGGACCCGGUCUUGGUGUCUUGAGUAGACUAAUCGGGCCAAAUGAACAGGGACAGCCGACCCGCUAAAGGUGGUUCUGUCUCAGUCUUCUGAACCUUGACCCUGGAGUCAGUCGGUGCUGCUGUCGUUUUAAAAUUCGUCAAUGUUUUCGGAGUUUUACGAAUAAAAAAGAUUUGUCCUAAAAAUCCUGAAAACAUCUCCAAACCCACCGGAUCAGAACCAAACAGCUGUUUUUUGACUGGUUAGUUUGAGAACCUCCGGUUCUGUAAGGUUCUUCGGUACCUCAGGAUAGUUUGGACCGUGAAGGAUGGGCCUUCGUCGUUGUCAUCAUCCCCGGGUCAGAACAAGUCAGGAGUUUGUGAUGAGACCUGGACUGGAUCGGGAUCAGGGGUGUCGCUCUAAAAACCCGUUAACGUUACGGCGUUUUAAGAAAAGCAGACCUCUGAGUUGACGGUGGCGGUUACUGUCAGGUGAACGAGUGAAUGAAGAGACGAGGCGUCACGUCAGGGCGGCGGUGUGGUUCUGAGGUCUAAACGGUCUCUUUGUGGUUCUGUGUGGUUCUGUUUCAGGGACGCGGAGGAUCUGCUCCGAGACAAAGAUCUGGGCUGCUUCCUGGUCCGCCUCAGUGAUAAAACCAUCGGAUACAUCCUGUCAUACAGGUGAGCCAAUCAGGACUCUUCUUACUGCUCUGACUGUGACCAUGUGACCUGAGGAUGAUCUUCCUCCUCCUCCUCCUCUUCAGAGGUCAGGACCGGUGCCGUCACUUCGUCAUCACUCAGGAUCCGGAGGGUCAGUUCGGGGUUUCAGGAGACUGUCGGACCUACAGCAGCCUGACUGAGCUGAUCCAGUUCUACAGAGAGAACCCCAUCCAGCCCUUUGGAGAACAUCUGACCUCCAGCUGUCAGGAGGUGAGGAGGACGCCUUCUGGUCCAGAUGGGACCUGAGUGAAGAGCAGCAGAAAUCCAGACAGUUCAUUCGAUCAAAUAAACAAAAGAACAAUUUUAGAGAAGAACCUCUGUUUUUAGAGCAGGAGGAGGAGAAAGGUCGAAGUUCUUUAACCUUUAUAAGCCCCGCCCCCUCCUCAUUCUUAUCCAUUUAAACUUCUCAGUCUUUAGAGUUUCUGAUGUCGACAGAAAGGAACCAAAGCUACGUUCACACUGAUGAUGCACGAUUCAGAUUUUUCGUUUAAUCCGAUCUUUCUGUGCGGUCGUUCAUGUUACAACAACGAACGCGUCCGUAAAGUGACCCUCAUGAACACAAACAUCUCCCCGCUCCUGUUUGUGUCGAUCAAUGGUGACGUUUGUCUCAUAUUGAUGACAUAAAGGUCGGAUGAACACGACCUGAGCGUCACGCUGCAGUCACAUCAGAUACAGAUCUGAUUUACACUCACCGGCCACUUUAUUAGGUACACCUGUCCAACUGCUCGUUAACACUUAAUUUCUAAUCAGCCAAUCACAUGGCGGCAACUUAGUGCAUUUAGGCAUGUAGACAUGGUCAAGACAAUCUCCUGCAGUUCAAACCGAGCAUCAGUAUGGGGAAGAAAGGUGAUUUGAGUGACUUUGAACGUGGCAUGGUUGUUGGUGCCAGAAGGGCUGGUCUGAGUAUUUCAGAAACUGCUGAUCUACUGGGAUUUUCACGCACAACCAUCUCUAGGGUUUACAGAGAAUGGUCCGAAAAAGAAAAAAUAUCCAGUGAGCGGCAGUUCUGUGGGCGGAAAUGCCUUGUUGAUGCCAGAGGUCAGAGGAGAAUGGCCAGACUGGUUCGAGCUGAUAGAAAGGCAACAGUGACUCAAAUAACCACCCGUUACAACCAAGGUAGGCAGAAGAGCAUCUCUGAACGCACAGUACGUCGAACUUUGAGGCAGAUGGGCUACAGCAGCAGAAGACCACGCCGGGUGCCACUCCUUUCAGCUAAGAACAGGAAACUGAGGCUACAAUUUGCACAAGCUCAUCGAAAUUGGACAAUAGAAGAUUGGAAAAACGUUGCCUGGUCUGAUGAGUCUCGAUUUCUGCUGCGACAUUCGGAUGGUAGGGUCAGAAUUUGGCGUCAACAACAUGAAAGCAUGGAUCCAUCCUGCCUUGUAUCAACGGUUCAGGCUGGUGGUGGUGGUGUCAUGGUGUGGGGAAUAUUUUCUUGGCACUCUUUGGGCCCCUUGGUACCAAUUGAGCAUCGUUGCAACGCCACAGCCUACCUGAGUAUUGUUGCUGACCAUGUCCAUCCCUUUAUGACCACAAUGUACCCAACUUCUGAUGGCUACUUUCAGCAGGAUAAUGCGCCAUGUCAUAAAGCUGGAAUCAUCUCAGACUGGUUUCUUGAACAUGACAAUGAGUUCACUGUACUCAAAUGGCCUCCACAGUCACCAGAUCUCAAUCCAAUAGAGCAUCUUUGGGAUGUGGUGGAACGGGAGAUUCGCAUCAUGGAUGUGCAGCCGACAAAUCUGCGGCAACUGUGUGAUGCCAUCAUGUCAAUAUGGACCAAGCUCUCUGAGGAAUGCUUCCAGCACCUUGUUGAAUCUAUGCCACGAAGAAUUGAGGCAGUUCUGAAGGCAAAAGGGGGUCCAACCCGUUACUAGCAUGGUGUACCUAAUAAAGUGGCCGGUGAGUGUAUAUCCACAUACAGAAGAGGGUCGGAUCAGAACCAAUCAGAACUGACCUGUUCACACUGAGAUGAAAACAUCAGAUCUGAGUCACAGAUGGUUAAAACAUCAGAAUGACCUGCAGGGUGAACACAGACUGAAGCUCCAACCUCUAAUAUGAAUCAAUAACUAAUCAUUGAUACUGAAACAAAGAGCUCAUAAACAAACAUCCAUAAACACACAAAGACACACUUUAUAAAAACUCCCAGAAUCCUUCAGGUCAGGAAACCAAAAACUAUCAUGAGCAGAACUUUGAAGGACAACACGCCCUGUUGUGUUUCUGUUUUCAGACGGAGCUCUAUGAUGUUGUGAAUUUCACCUCCAAAGAGAGGUCAGGGGUCAGCGUCCAGGCUCUGAGGACCCUGUGGGACCAGAAAACGGACCGGCACAGCCAGACUGGUCCCAGUCAGCAGACUCAACAGGAGAGCGACCCUCCGACCGCUCCACCUGCUCUACCUCCUAAAUCCAAAAGCAGGAAGCUGACAGGAGCCGUGUCUGUGGACAUGACGUCCCUCUCUCAGGUAAGACGGACAUGAAGAGACUCCGUACAGGUCCAACAGGUCUAGACCAGGUUUAUGUGGGAGGAGCCAAAAGUGACGAAGAUCAGUUUGAGUGUUACUGUGACAGCGAGUCUACAGUCCAACACCGCCAUGAAUUUAGACUUCAGAACAGACCAGAGAGAAGAAGCUGAGAGAAGACCCUCUGAAACUGAGACUGAGCACAGAUGAGGGUCACAGGAACCCAGAGUGAAGAGAGAGACCAUCUACAGAGAAACUGAGACCCUCCACAGACCAGAGUCAAACCCGAUAAAACUGGACUCAUUAAAAGACCUCUGUUGAUCUAAAACCAUCAGGUUCCUGGACUAACCUCACCGUGUGGAGAUGUUCUGAGGGUCACGUGGACUCUGAAGUGAUCAAUUUCAAUAUCAAUGAGCUUUAUUGGCAUGAUUGUUACGACUAUAGUACACUAUCACCAAAGUUCUUUAACACGUUCUUUUAUUCCUCAGGGUGGUCCUCCGGUGCCCCACAGAGGUCUCCUUCUGGGUUUCUCCCAGAGUGGAUCUCUCCCCGACACGACUCCUCAUCCAGAAGAAGAGAGACUCCGAGGAAGGACCAACGUAGACCUCCUCAACACCUCUGAGUCCAGCUAUCCGGGGGAUUUGUUUCCACCUGGGUCCACAUACUCUGAGCUGACUCAGGUGGAGAUCAGGAGCAGGUCUUUACCUGGACUAAACAUGAAGGAGGAGGAGGAGGAGGAGGAGGAGGAGGAGGAGUACUCCAACCAGGUCACAGCACCAUCUUCCUCCUGGUCUCCUGCUCCUCUGAAGAAGGUCACCUGCCACACUUACUCCCUCCAUGAACCCAGAGGCCGGCAGAGCAGCUCACGCUCAGAGCAGCAGGUCCAUGAUGAGGAACUGACCAGAACCAACCCACUGUACCAGGACUCUGAAGGUCCAGGACUGGGUCCAGCAGACCAGGGUCUGCCUGAAAACACUUAUGAGCUGAUCCCAGGAGAAGCUGCUGCGGUCCAGGGAAACACCUACGAGUCUCUGGAGGACAUGAAGACCAAGAAGUCCAAAUCCACCUGGGGGAAGAAUGUAGGUCCGAGAUCUGCUGAGGUUCUCCAGGAUGAGGAGAACUUUAAGUCCUCCAGGAUGAGGAGAACUUUCUAACGUUUGUUCUUCUUCUUCUCUUUGCAGAACAUGAAGUGGAAGAAGUUCCUUCUCCCCGACUACAAGAAGAAAUAA